CCGAACCGACGAUCCGAAGCGGCGGAUAGAAGCAAAAGGCGCCGGGAGAGCAGCGACCGGCGGGCAAGAGCGACCGAACACUGUGCUGCGGUGUGUCGUCUCCGAAGCCUGAACCGACUGAAGUUCGCCAGUGCUGGGCUACAGGAAACAAGGGCUGCAAGAGGUCUCUUAAUUUAGCAAGAGUUGGCACCCCACAGAUGGGACUCUGCAGCAUAAACUGAAACAACGGGACCUGGCCAGGGACAGAGACACUGCUGAUGGUACCUUUUUGGUAUGAGAUGCUUCAACCAAAAUGCAUGAGGACUACACACACUAAGGAAAGGAGGAAACAACAAAUUCAUCAAAAUAUUUCACCGAGAUGGGAAAUACGGCUUUUCUGACCUGUUAACUUUCAGCUCUGUGGUUGAGCUAAUAAACCACUACUGGAAUGAAUCUCUAGCCCAGUGUAAUCCUAAACUGGAUGUAAAAUUACUGUAUCCAGUAUCUAAAUACCAGCAGGAUCAAGUUGUAAAAGAGGAUAGCAUUGAAGCAGUGGGAAAGAAAUUACAUUAAUAUAAUACCCAGUUUCAAGAAAAAAGCCAAGAAUAUGACAGACUCUAUGAAGACUACACAAGAACAUCUCAGGAGAUUCAAAUGAAAAGAACAGCUAUUGAAGCAUUUAAUGAAACAAUAAAAAUAUUUGAAGAGCAGUGCCAGACACAAGAAAGAUACAGUAAGGAAUACAUUGAAAAAUUUAAAUGGGAAGGAAAUGAAAAAGAAAUACAAAGAAUUAUGCAAAACUGUGAAAAACUGAAGUCUCGAAUAAGUGAAAUUGUGGACAGCAGGUGUAGAUUAGAAGAGGAUUUAAAGAAGCAAGCAGCUGAAUAUAGAGAGAUAGACAAGCGUAUGAACAGCAUUAAGCCAGACCUCAUACAGUUGAGGAAGACAAGAGAUCAGUACUUGAUGUGGCUGACUCAAAAAGGUGUACGGCAAAAGAAACUGAAUGAAUGGCUUAGAAAUGAAAAUACAGUAGAAGGAGACAGCAUUGGAAUGGUGUUAUUGGUGUCGCCAACCCAACAUCGUGUUGAAGUUCAAUCUGAGAAAGCACAGGCCACGGCUUUCCAGUCUGUGUGGGUAAUUACCCCACACCAGGUUGUCAAACCCGGAGUAAUACUAGCUGAAGGAGCUGGAGCAACAGCGUAUGUAUUAUUGGAAGGAGAAGAUGCCCCUGUUUUCCACCUUUAUCACAGAUUGGCUCGUCGUGCCUUGUAACCCUACGUUACAAGUAUAAUAUGCAGGACACACCUCCACAAGACUAAUAGCUGCAGAUCUCUUGCUGUCAUUUAUUACAGCAAUAGUCCUGUUACAGAUAUAUAUUAUGCCAAGGGUUUUUGUUUUGUUUUUUUUUUUUUGUUUGUUUUUUAUUAUGUUUUAUUAUUUUUUUUUAUUUUAACAUUAAUGUUUCUCAUUGUUCUUAUUCCCUUGGGUAGGUAGUGGCUGAAGAUGCUGCCCUGACUUUUUUAACCCAAGUGCGGCUUCAAGACAGAUAAUGAACUAGCCAGAAUAGAAGAUAACAUCUUGUGGGACUGACACAUCAAAUGAAGCAAUCCACUGACAGCGCCUGGCUGAAAGACUCAUCUAAUUCCCUGAGAAGAUAGACGGGACGCCAGAUGCAACCUAUUAUUGCACACAUAUAUUUGUUCCUUUUCUCUCUUUAUAGAUGUAUAUGUGUUUGUUGAGUAUCUCUCUAAAUUGCACUGUUCUGAACUUUACAUACCCACGUGAACACCUAUGGCUAUUCUGGCCCCAGCAAAGCUGGUCCCUUGGGCGAGGGGGUGGAAUGUAUGGGAAUUGUGGAAGAUUGGGCGAGGAGGAGAAAGGUAAACACGCUUAAGUGACCCGCAGCUGGGAUAUAAAGAAAGCACAUACAUCACACUAGUUGUUUUACUGACCUUGUGUGCUUGACAAGUAGAACCUCUGUGUGAGAUAACAUAGGCCUGAGAGAAACCCUACAGUACCUUAUCAUGUCUGAGAUUCCUGCUUUGUUUUGAGAAAGAGCAGAGCACAGCCAGAAGCUGCAUCUGCUCUAAACCUUUAAAUAUAGGCGAGCGUAGCCGGCCUAACGAUCUUCCAGCAGAACUAAACUUAUCAGCGCCUGCGUCCCUGCUUACGCUGCCUCUGCCUGGGAGCUUAGGUGCGGCUACGGAGAUCCCCCAGUAGAGAGGUAACUAAAAUAAAACUUACUCUUUGCAAUUACAUUUGUGGCCUCUGGCUCUUCUCGCGAUGCGCCUGUGCUUGUGUACACAGGCUCAUAUAGGACAAUCAGGUCAUAUGGUCCAGUCAGCAUGGGUUUAUGAAAGACAGGUGCUGCUUGACUAACCUGAUCUCCUAUGACAAGAUGACCCACUUAGUGGAUGAGGGAAAGGUUGUGGAUGUUGUCUACUUAGGCUUUAGUAAAGCUUUUAACACUGUUUCCCACAGCAUUCUCCUGGAGAAACUGGCUGCUCAUGGCUUGGAUGAGUGUACUCUUCACUAGGACUUCUAACUAAAGAAGAGGGAAACUGAACUAUGCUCUAACUCCAUCAGAAAAUAAUGGGAGAGUCCAUAACCGAAUUUGGAGAUCACUGCUUUUUCCUAACUUCAUAUGUGCUCACAAGCAGAAUCAGAGCAUCUGGUUUUUGUACAAAGGAUAAACAGGACUGUAGCAAAGUAAUUCACAGCACUGCAUAGAUGAGAUGCAAAUAUACCCUUGUUUGCUUUUCCCUUUGUGACUGGAUGAAAAAAUGUUGUCAGAUCUGGGACUGGUAGUACAGUCAAGAAGAAUGAGAGAAAGACAUGCUCUCAAAAAUGAAGUGUGACAUGGAUGUUUUGCCUGCAUGCUGAUGAGUUAAUAGUUUAUUUAUGCAACUGAAUAUCUUCAGGCAAAAAUUUAUUUUCUGCAGUUGACAGGACAUCUACUGAAGCACCAAGAAGUGCACAAAAUCUGAUAAUUCAUUUAUUCUGGUGGUUCCGAUCAAUUAACGACUUGGAUAAGAGACUACCAGGAAGCUUCAAAAAACAUGCUUAUUUCAGACUGGUACGGUUUAACUUUCUGUCCUACAUCCAAAACUACUGCCAUCUCACUAUUGAUGUUAUUAUUGAACACAGUCCACUGUGAUCAACAGGAUCUAAAACCAGACGGAAAAAGCCAUCUUGGUCCCUGUAAGCUUACAAAAAUAAUUUAAAAAGUAGAAAGAACUAAAGAAGCAUGAUAUGGGAAAAAUAAGUAAAGUAUUUGGGAUUUCCAAUGGCCAUUACUGUUCCACAAUAGAUUGUGCUUUUAUGUAAAUAUUUUUAACUGCUAUGUUUCAUGUCAUAAGACAGUGUUCACUGGAGUUGGGGCAGGCUAGUGGAGGAGUAGGGGAGGAGGGGAACAGGCAGGGCAAGGAACACAAAGGCUGCUACAAGAAGAUAUAGGUGUGACCAAAAGCCAGUGCCUGCACAGCAUGUAAGCAGCCUCCUAGAAUAUAAGCAGUGCCAGCACACAAGGGUUAGUAAAUUAUGAUGUCAGGAGGCUGCAAAGACUUAUCCUAUUCCUGGAGACUGGGUUGCUGAUCAAGAAGCCCUGGAAGAUUAAACUGUGUUUGAUACUGAGGGUCACAGAGAUGAAAGCAGACAAAGGAAAGGGAGGGAACUCAUGUCUGGGUAGGACUUAGAGGAACCUUUUGCACUGGUUCCCUCAGUUCAGAAGUCACAAGAAAUGGGAACCUGUCAAAAAUGGCCAUAAGUACUCUCAACCCCUGAUCACCCAAAAAAUGUCAUACAAAACAGAUGUAUUCUGAGAAAAAUUACACUGAUGAAUAUGUAAACUUCUGAGAGGCUAUUUGAAAUGAUAAAAUUCUUCCAGAGCAAAAUGUUUCCCAGCUCUCUUGAUUGGUCUAAUAUCUGUUGCAUCAUCUGUAAGAGUCUAUUUAGAGAGUGUCUUUCAAUGCCCUGAAAGCACUCAAAAUUAACUACUCCACCAAAGGCAAUGAAGACUUCUUUUGGGCCAAAUCCUAUAUCCAUGGUGCUGAAUCCUUUCAAUUUUCUGUAAUAUCACUGGAGUCAGGCUGGAAGUAUGCUCAGGAGUAUCUGAAGAUUGCAAGCAAUCUGUCUGUAGGAGUUCAGCCCUGCAUCUUCAGCCACAUAUGGCAGUCCUGCCCAUAAAAUCUUCUGUAAAGUGGAGAAGUUUCACUACUGAAACUCUCUUUAGUGAGAAUGUUCCCAGAAAAUGCUGUCAGGUCUAUGACCACUGCUGAAAAUGUUUGGACAGAAUUUGCUAGCAGUCUGGGGUUGGAGAGCUGAGACAACAGCUCUGAUUCCUUUCACAGAGAGUCUGAGCAAGACUUUGAGAAGCUUUCUCAGUGACAAUGAACAAUGUGUCCACAUUCUUCUUCAGAACAAGCAAGCUUCACACCCCAUCUAGAUGAUAAGGUAAAAUAGUUCUGUAAUUAGAGAUAAUGAGAAGGAAUAAACACUCUGGGUCAAAACUAAUGGGUGGAUAGCAUAAGCAGUUGGUGGUUUUGCCCUUUUCUCACUUUCUUCAUGGUUUCCAAAUCUCUCUUGAUGUUUCUGUGUGCCCAAGCUUUGUAGUACUCUUUAGUGGAUUUUUGAGGCAAUGGGAGUCUGGGGCUGUGCAGACUUUUGUCUGGCUCUUUUAUAAGUUGUUUUCAACAGGAAAAAGGAAAGAGGUAGAAAAUGGGAUGCAAGCCUGAAAAAAAAAACAGUAAAAAAAUCCAGUGAAAUUAGAAUGUAAAAAGGUAAACUGUCAGGGAUUGGCUCAAGGAGCGUGGACAUGAGUCCACUGAGCAACUGUACGAGCAGAGCCCAUUUUAGUUGACAUAAGUAGGCCUUAGUUAGCUUUUCUAUUAGGCCGUGGGAAAGGGGGGAAUGCAAAAGUACUGACUAAGGCAGGGUCAGGAUAUCCUUGAAGAGAUAAGAGUCAGAAGAAUGCGGGAUGCGCAUAGCUAGCUAAACCCAAGUAGGUGGAGUAAGUAAAUGUAACCUUUUAGUGCUUAGCCUAUUAGAUAGAGACAAGUAUGCAUAAUUAUGGUAUUUGGUAUAAAUGCACGCUAUCUUGGGCAAAAAAAUUGAAUCAUGCUUUAUCACUCUCAUUGAGUUGGCCUGCAUGUUUUCCUCAGCCGCGUACUCGCAGUAAAUAUUUUGAUAAAACAGUUUUUCUGUGAGGACAUUUGAAAGUAAUUAUUUUUGCUUAUGCAAGUGCUACAGUGUGAGAACUAUCAAAAACUUUCCAAAUGCUAAGCUUGACUUUUGUCCUGGUUUUCUAAGGCAAUGCUGUUGGUCUACUGUCACUCCAAUAUCUUUGGAAUAUAUUGCUCGAUUUCUUCCACAUUUAGAAGGGAAGAUAAGAUAGUCUUGAGCCAAUUUUGAGACACCCUUGUUAUACGGGGAGUGGUCUCACUCUUUCUUUAAACCAGAAAAUAAAUCUAUAUAUAAGUAUGUGUGAUUUUCUAGUUAUAUAUGUGUCGAGUUAUAUAUAUAAACUAUAUAACUUUAAACUAUCUGUGCAAUUGUAACUUACAUUUAUAAUUCUAACUAUAUAACUCUACAACUACAUAUAUAAACACACACAUGCUUAGUUAUUUCUGUAUUAACUCAAAUAUUAGCCUGAUAAAUGUUCUCUCCUAAUAAAUGCUAAAACAUUUCCAGGGCUCCAGGUAGUUAAAGGAAUGACUGGAACUUUCUAGAAGCUCAUUUAUUUUCUCUGCUCUUAGAUGCUAUGCUGAGACUGUGCAGACUUUAUUGAUGUUUAACACCUGCUGUCUUCCUUCUUAAAAUGUUCAGGGGCCAUGAUGAUUUCUGCAUCUGAACAAGCAAAACAUUAGCUAUUUAAAUACCCCCACUUCACUGUUGGUUCACCCCUCUGUGUUACAGUCAGAAGAAGGGAGCUGUUUAAGGCCAUAGAUGAACUUGGUAGCAGAGCACUGAACAGAUGUCAGAUCUUCUGAGUCACAGCUCAACUAAAUGGCUAUUUUGGCAAUUUAGCUCAGCAUAAAAACUGUUCAGCAUUGCUGAUAAGAUUCUUGAAGAAUGUUUGGAAGCAAAAGGUAAUUUCAAAAUUUGAGUGCAUUUCCAAGGUUAUAUUCCCAACCGUAUGAGCAGGAAAAGCAACACAAGAAGGCUGCAGUUAUUUCUUUAAGAAAAUGGAUGGCCCCACAUUUGUGUUAUUCCUAGGGUCUGAUAGCUAUGAUCUCCAAGUGGGGUAUACCCGAGGCAUCCCUGGUGCCAUCUCCCAGCAGUACCACCCCACACUCUACCACAGAAUCCUGGAGGCACUGUGGUGUGGAGGAGUUAAAGCUCAGCUCCUCUGGGUGACAGAGACAGCUCUAAAAGCAGCUCUUCAAAACCAGGGAUGAGCAGGACUGUCUCUGUAAGUGGAUGAUUCCCUUUUCAAAAGACCCAAAGGAUUUCCAGUAAACAAGUGUGGUGGAUGCACUCGACCCCCCUAGCGAAACCAGCAGCAGUUUGGUCCAGGCUCCAGAGGAGGUAAGGGCCUGAGCCGUAGCCAGGCCACGUGUAAGGAGCCAUUGAAGAAGGAAUGUUGUUUUUGCAGCUGUAAAUCUGAAACCUGAUAAAGACUGAGGGACAUCUGACUGUCAAUCUUGAAUGUAAAACAAAGUCUCUUUGAGCUAAUCUCAGAAUGCAAACUGAUUCCUGUGUUUAAAAGUUAAGUUGGGGGAAGGGUAGCCAGAGAGCCAGGAAUCCAUACUUAAAUUGAAAUAAAUCAAUAAAGGGAGGGGGUUGUUAAAAUUAGAUUAAUGUGAUAGGUAAACUGAAGCAGGUGUCAGGUAGUCUGUAAACCCUGCAGUACCUACCAAUCGGGAACAGGGGAGGGAAUUUGCAGACGGGAUUUGGGGGGGGAUUUAAACAGGGGCUUUUUGCCCUAUUCUGUGUGUCUACCUUUAUGUAGAACACCAGGUUUUGCAAAAUCAUUAAUAAAAUAUGCUUUGCUGAGAGAUCCUUCCUGAGCCUAUUAUAUUGGCAAGGUAAUAGUUUCCUACACAUGGUUUCUAAAAUAGGAGUCAACCAAAAAUAUCUUCAGAGUUUCCAUAUCUUACUCUGCUGUGUGCCUUCUUUACCAUUUCAUUGUAUUUAUUUCAGAUCAUGGAAGAAAGCCAUAGCUUGGGUUUGAGAAUCUUCUAAGAAAGGGACCUAUUGAAGAGAGGCUGACAAAUUCAUGUAUAUUGUGAUUAAGUUACAAAAGACAUACCCAUCAUUAACCAAUUGACAUGAGAUAAAUGCUUUCUGACCAUCUGCAAAACAAGGGGAUAUUUUUCGAUUUUUAGAUUGUUCUGCAUAACAAGAGGGAGACAGAAGAUUAAGUGAUACAUUGUUUAGAAGCAGAGUGCUUAGUUUAUAUUUAACUAAUGAUUAAUAGAUGUUUUGUAAGUAAGAAACUAAAAAUUAUAACUAACAUAAUAAAUUAUUUCUUAGUAUAGAUGUAUGUCAAAAAUUGUAAGGCAUAUGUAAUAAUUAUGUGAAUGUAAGCAAUGCAAGAGCAUCCAGUCUUUGGAGCACUUAUGGAGGAUGAUCCCCUGUGUUCCCCAGUGCUGAUAAAAUAAAGAAUGCCGCUUAACGGUAUAAUUGACUCUGCUGUUAAGUUUU